AUAGUGAGAGAAAGGAAAGGAAUGUUUGUUUAACGACAACUCAGCACAUUUUAAACUACGGCUAUUUGGUGUCUAACAUGGUUAUUUCUAUACUUGGUCUAGAUAGUGAGAGAAAGGAAGGGAAAGAUGAAGAGAUGAAACCCUCUGCCAUCACGUAGGUUACUCCUAAAACUUAUGCAGCAAGGGUUCAGUACAUACCACUGCCUUUGAUGUACAAGUCGUGGAGUAGUCAGACUGUGUAGUUAUGCUGCCCAUAUACUCAUAGUCCGUCCCACAGUGAUCGAAUGCUGUUUUUCAUACAAUGGAAUUUACUACAAGUUAUUUAUUUCUGAGCCUACUGUUUUCUAAAUUGCACACAAUAUAGUUUAUUUUUGAUAUUUCCAAAACACAUUUUUUUUGUGCAUUAAACCAAACUGAAAUUAUUUACAAAAAUAAUUUUUGUAGGAGGAUGGGACAGACUGUAGCUAUGCCAUUUUAAAUUUGGAGAAAUAAUCUUGAAUAUUUUCUGAGUCCGGACAAUUUAUUGUCAAUUUAUAUUACACCCAUUCUAUCAUUACUACACACUACACAAUGUGGAAAUGCCUAAAUACCUUUGGGAGGCGAUUAUUUAUUAUACAUAAUAUGGAAAUGCCCAAAUACUUUUGGAGGCGAUUAUUUAUUAUACAUAAUAUGGAAAUGCCCAAAUACUUUUGGAGGCGAUUAUUUAUUAUACAUAAUAUGGAAAUGCCCAAAUACUUUUGGAGGCGAUUAUUUAUUAUACAUAAUAUGGAAAUGCCCAAAUACUUUUGGAGGCGAUUAUUUAUUAUACAUAAUAUGGAAAUGCCCAAAUACUUUUGGAGGCGAUUAUUUAUUAUACAUAAUAUGGAAAUGCCCAAAUACUUUUGGAGGCGAUUAUUUAUUAUACAUAAUAUGGAAAUGCCCAAAUACUUUUGGAGGCGAUUAUUUAUUAUACAUAAUAUGGAAAUGCCCAAAUACUUUUGGAGGCGAUUAUUUAUUAUACAUAAUAUGGAAAUGCCCAAAUACUUUUGGAGGCGAUUAUUUAUUAUACAUAAUAUGGAAAUGCCCAAAUACUUUUGGAGGCGAUUAUUUAUUAUACAUAAUAUGGAAAUGCCCAAAUACUUUUGGAGGCGAUUAUUUAUUAUACAUAAUAUGGAAAUGCCCAAAUACUUUUGGAGGCGAUUAUUUAUUAUACAUAAUAUGGAAAUGCCCAAAUACUUUUGGAGGCGAUUAUUUAUUAUACAUAAUAUGGAAAUGCCCAAAUACUUUUGGAGGCGAUUAUUUAUUAUACAUAAUAUGGAAAUGCCCAAAUACUUUUGGAGGCGAUUAUUUAUUAUACAUAAUAUGGAAAUGCCCAAAUACUUUUGGAGGCGAUUAUUUAUUAUACAUAAUAUGGAAAUGCCCAAAUACUUUUGGAGGCGAUUAUUUAUUAUACAUAAUAUGGAAAUGCCCAAAUACUUUUGGAGGCGAUUAUUUAUUAUACAUAAUAUGGAAAUGCCCAAAUACUUUUGGAGGCGAUUAUUUAUUAUACAUAAUAUGGAAAUGCCCAAAUACUUUUGGAGGCGAUUAUUUAUUAUACAUAAUAUGGAAAUGCCCAAAUACUUUUGGAGGCGAUUAUUUAUUAUACAUAAUAUGGAAAUGCCCAAAUACUUUUGGAGGCGAUUAUUUAUUAUACAUAAUAUGGAAAUGCCCAAAUACUUUUGGAGGCGAUUAUUUAUUAUACAUAAUAUGGAAAUGCCCAAAUACUUUUGGAGGCGAUUAUUUAUUAUACAUAAUAUGGAAAUGCCCAAAUACUUUUGGAGGCGAUUAUUUAUUAUACAUAAUAUGGAAAUGCCCAAAUACUUUUGGAGGCGAUUAUUUAUUACACAUAAUAUGGAAAUGCCCAAAUACUUUUGGAGGCGAUUAUUUAUUACACAUAAUAUGGAAAUGCCCAAAUACUUUUGGAGGCGAUUAUUUAUUACACAUAAUAUGGAAAUGCCCAAAUACUUUUGGAGGCGAUUAUUUAUUAUACAUAAUAUGGAAAUGCCCAAAUACUUUUGGAGGCGAUUAUUUAUUAUACAUAAUGUGGAAAGAAGCACAAAACCAUCUUUCAGAAUCUUGUGAUUGUAUUACUGGUAUACACGCAUAUUUAAUUCAUUUGAUCAUACAUAUAAUGGAAUGAAUAAUAAUAAUAAAAAAUCUGAAUACAGGUAAUAAUAUAAAGGAAAAUACAUUUAAGAACAACUAAAACAUAUGUCUAUGUACAAGUACAUUUAGUACAGUGUUACAUAUAUACGUAUCUAAACAUCAGUAAUAAUGAUCAUAUUCGCAGAAUCUUUACAAUGCGUAAUUCAGAUAUACAUGUAUACUGUUAUUCUAACAGUAUGAAAUGAAGAAAACCAUUUUCUCUUUUCAUGAAUAUUUAACCUGACUGGUCGAUCACUACGAACUAGUUUAGCCAGUGACCAGCCGUUGGGAUAUUUCGAUCAGCCCCACGUAAUACAGGAAGGGUUUCUGCCAAAGGGUAAAAUAGGUAUGGCGCCAUCAUAAAAAAGGUUUUGAAGAUUUGUUUUUAAGUUAACUAUUUACAGAGAUGUGAGAGGGGCUAGAACAAAAAACCUUACUGCAGCUAGGGUCCAGGGUCUGCUCAUGGGUCUCUGAAGGAAAAUUGUUCUUUGCAACCCCUGGAACUGCCAGAAAUUACAUUCAAUGCUAACAAAUCUAAACUGGUUAUAGCGUAUAUUAUAAGGCACACAUCAUAAACUUGAAACCGUGAAAACAUGCAAAUGAACCUUGUGUAGUGAACAUGAUUGAACAUCAUGUUUUUUUUUUUUUAGACGAAAUGGAAAAGUGCAUUUCCGCAUAGCUCUCACAUCCAUGUAUUUGACAACAUUCAUUACUCUUAUUAUUACUGUAUGAUUUCUUAACCCUAACCCUAAACUUAACCUAUUUUCUGUAUGGGUGAGGCAUUAAAUUCCAUAGCCCCAUAACCAAAAAUUUCUUUCUGGCAGAAACACCGACAGGGGUGAUGCAAUAUGGUGAGAGGUAAGGUUACAGAAUGAAUUAUGUAUAUAUAUAGUGGGAAUCGGGAGAAUAAUGCAAUUAUUAAAAUAUGUGUUUUUAUUAAUGCAACUAGCAGAUGGAACUUUUAAACAUGACACUGCAAACAAACAAUAGCAGUUAGCAUUUCUGUUGACAGUCAAACCAGCAGAAGCUAGCCAUUUGUAUUAGUUGCUAGUAACUUCCACCAUCUCUUAUGCCAAGCACCAUAGCAACAUCAAGGUGUGAAUCUAAGCAAAUGGAAGUUUUAAACAUGACACUGCCAACAAACAAUCAUAGCAGUUGGCAUUUGUUUUGACAGUCAAACCAGCGGAAGCAGGCCAUUUUGGUUUGUCGGUAGUAACUUCCACCAUCUCUUAUGCCAAGCACCAAAGAAAUGUCAAGGUAUGAAGCUAAGCAGAUGGAAGUUUUAAACAUGGCAUUGCAAACAAACAAUAGUGGUUGGCAUUUGUGUUGACAGUCAAACCAGUGGAAGCUAGCCUCUUGUGUUUGUUGGUAGUAACUUCCACAACCUCUUAUGCAGAGCACCACAGAAAUGUCAAGGUGUGAAGCUAACACAAUAAUUGUACUUAGUGUGAACCACAAUUCACAAUUCAUGGACAGUUCAUUUUACUCAUCCAGAAUACAUUUCUUUUACAUUUGUGGGUCUUUUUUUUUUAUCAAUACAUGAUUACUUUCUAAUGAAAUACAAUAGUCUGUCCAGAUAGCUCAGGUGUGUGCCCAGGACAGUGUGCUUGAACCCUAAUUUGGUUAUAAGCACGAACAUAAGUAUAAAUGAAAGGAAUGUACAACAAACAGGUCUUCUGCCAUGUUAUUUUUUAAUACAUGGUCACAGAGAUCAAUAAAGAAAGAGCAUUCCAUUUUUUUCAACAUGUGUUAUGAGGUAAUUAUAUGACCUAAUUGUUAUGUGAGACCCUAACACUUGACAUAUUUCAAUAUUGUUAAUAUAUAUCACACAGCAAAGCAAGUAGACAUUGGGGGGGGGGGGGGGGGGGGGGGGGGGGGGGGGGCUGACUAAGAUUGCUAGCCAAAGCAAAGUUUCUAGGGGGUUUGCUCUCCCCAUUAUAUUUUGAAAACUAGAUGUCCUGAAAUGCAAUUUCCUGCAUUUUACAAGUAAAAGUCAUCUCUACCUUAAGAUUUACUACCAAUAAACAUUUUGAUUCAGAAUUGGGGGGGGGGGGGGGGGGGG